AUGACGGCCAAACACCUGGUCGAUAAUUUACAGAUUCGGUUGAAGCAAGAACAAAAAGCGAUGUUGAAUGAGAUUUCUUCGCGUUUAACUGACGUGAAAUUGCAACAAUAUGUUAUGAAUGGUAUUGCGUUUCAUCAUGCGGGUUUGGUGCGUGAGAAUCGGUACUCUAUUGAAGAGGCUUUCAGACAAGGACACAUUCCUAUUUUGGUUACUACAAGCACCCUGGCUAUGGGUGUAAAUUUACCCGCCCAUUUAGUAAUAAUAAAAUCCACGAAAUGUUACGAUUACAGCGGCGGUUAUAAAGACUACGACGAAGUGUCCAUCUUUCAGAUGAUUGGUAGAGCAGGGCGAUCUCAGUUUGACACUUGUGCCACUGCUUUGAUUUUAACUACCGCCCAAGACAAGGCAAAGUAUGAAAAUAUGGUGGCAUGUACUCAGCCAAUAGAAUCCAACCUUCAUAAACAUCUCACUGAACACUUGAAUGCUGAAAUUGUCUUAAAUACUAUAACUGACUUGGAAGUGGCUAUGAGAUGGUUGUCGUCCACAUUUUUGUAUGUCCGAGCUAAAAAAUGUCCUGAGAAAUACAAGCUACCUGUUGGACUGACCCAAGAGAAAAUUGACAAAAAACUACUGGAAAUAUGCCAAAUUGAUUUAAAUAAGCUAGUUGGCGCUGGAAUGGUUAACAUAAACCAAUGUAUCGAAAUAUCGCCGACAGUAAUUGGAGAAAUUAUGGCUAAAUACUACGUGGCAUUCGAGACCAUGAAAUUAUUUACAAAAAUUACAGGAACUGAAAUUAUGAUACAGUUAUUAGGAAUAUUUUCAAAAUGUAGCGAAUUUUCCGAUAUACGAUUGAGGACUAAUGAUAAAAAAUGUCUCAAUUUACUUAAUAAACACUCUACCAAAGAAACCAUUAGAUUUCCUCUAAGUGGUAAAGUCACAUCUAGCGAUAUGAAAGUUAAUUGUAUCAUUCAGGCCAUGUUAGGAAAUCUAGAGAUACAUGAUCAGUCAAUUCUGAACGAUUCAUCCAGAAUUAUGCGAUGCUGUGAACGUUUAUCAAAAUGUAAGUAG